AUUUCGAACGUUCGCUCUUUUUGUACUUUCUGCAUUUUUUUAAAGACUGACAGACCUGGCUACGCUCAUGAUAAUACAGCUAGCAACUAUUGCUGGUGCAAGGUGUGAGGGGAAAGACAACAUGCCGCUAUUCAUAUUUUAUCUCGCGGCUUCCACGUCUCUCAACGCAUAUCACCAGCAGUUGCUGAAUCGACUAAACUACGUUGUGAUCCGAAUGGCUGUUCUAACCUGCUCUAUGUCUCCACGAGCUCUGCAACAAAUUUGGUUAGGAAAACAGUAAACAAGGAGGCACUACACUACUAAUUGGUGCCAGAAUUUGUUGCAAAAUGGAUGCAAUUUGGAAUAACUAUAAGUUGCAGCAUCCACCGUACUUAACUUGGCGUACCAACAAAAAUGCAUUUGGUAUCAAGAAAUUUACAGCUGUAAUUAAUAAGGCAAUCAGAGAGCUGGAAUCAAUGGCUGUUCUUGAUAUGGAAGCUGCAUUUUUAAGUCGAUUAAUUUAUCGUAUGAAGAACAAAUUUCGAAGUGAUAAAGGCUUAAAAUUUAUGGAGAAAGUAAACAGAGCCCUAAUCAACUACUUGAAUAUGGCACUGGUAGAGAAUUAUAAAGAUUUAAAGUCUUAUAUUCAUGUAGAAGACAAAGUGCUCACCUUGCCAAGCAGACAAUUGCUGGAAUAUGUGCUUGUAAGAACACAAGGUUUUGCAAAAUUAAUGGAAAGGAUAGAACAAGUUGCGAGAUACUGUGCACAUUUUCUCAAAACUAGGAUUGGAUUAGGUCAUGCCUGGAGCAUCUCCUUAGUUGCUUAUUCCAAUAUUAGUAGGAUUUGGUUCUUGUCGAGACAACUAAUUAGGCAAUGUUGCGUGUGGUAUAAGGAACUGUACCAAUAUGUAUCCAUCUUUCAGUAUGUUGGUUUACCUUGGAUUCCAGAGAAUCAAUCUCUGCCACAUGAUUUGGAACAGUGGCUUUCUAUAGAGUGGAUGCAUGAUGAAACUGCUUUCACUUGUCCUAACAAUAACUGGGAUGAUGUAAUACUUAAACUACUCAGAGAACCGUCAGUUGAUGGUACUGAUGAAACAAUCACUAUUUCUGAAUCUAGUAUGACAACAUGUGAAUUGAUUGAUAUAUCAGAAGGAUCGCAAAAGGAUACUGCAGUCCAUGAUAUAUCAGAAGAUAAACCUAAAUCAGAAGCUGAUGUGGAUGAUAUUGGAGAAGUGAUAAGUCGAAAGGCUUUCAAAGCGAGUAUGUCGAAGGUACAUAAACAUGACGCUGAAACUUCUCCGGUAAAGAAACGUAAACAUACGCACAUCAACAUUGAUGUGAAAACAACAGAAGAAUUGAAAAAUAAGGAAAAGAAGAAAGAAGUAAUACCAGAAGACUUGAUCCAAAUAAAAUUGAAUGGAUCGAAACGACGAAAGAAGCAUAAAGAAAAAUUGUUCAAUAACGCAGAUGUCUGUAAGACAAAUGUUACGCCAAACGUGAAGGUAACGAACAAAAUAAGAAAACAGAAGAGGAAACAAUGAAGAAGGUAGAACGAACAAAUUCCAAUCGUAAAUCUACAAAUGCAUACGAUGCGCAUAAUGUACAUAAUGUGUAUAUAUGUAUACGAUAAGAGAUCUCCAUAGUUUUAUAUCAUUAAACAAAUUCUUACACGUGUAAAUAAUUGAGGGAUUGUACUUUCAAUAAAAAAUAAUUAUACAUAUAUGUGUAUGCCGUACGUGUUGCCGUGCCAUCUUUUUAAUAAAGUUAAAUAAUUGAAGACAA